AUCGCCUUCUGAACGUUCUGGCAAAGGUUGUUGUGGUCAAUGGUUUGCUGGUCCUCCUCUACGUGCCUUAAUAGCGGUUGUUGCUUUGGGUGGUGUUGCUUGUGCUUUGGGUGGUGCUGCUUUGGGGGCUACAGGUUUGGCAGGACCUCCUAGUUCCCACUUUACAGCCGCUUUAUUAAUGAUUGGUGUUGGUGUAGUCUUGGUUACUGUUAGUGGUGCUGCCUGGCGUAUGACAGCACCGGGUGGUCCACCCUGUCUAGGCCUGGGUUCAAGUGUUGAUUUAGGCAGAUGUGGUCGUCGACCCUGCAGUAGAGGAGGCGGAGCCCCACAAGGCUUACUUUAUCCGGAAUUUCAGCACAGGCCACCACCACCCUCAUAUCAAGCCAGUAUGCAGGAAUAUCGUUUAAGACUACUUUUACUGGAUAGAGAUCGUCAGAAUGGUGUAGUCAGAGGAAGUUCACCACCACCCACUUAUCGUUCACAUGCCGGAAGUUUGCUAAGAGCUCCCUUAACAUCAACAAUACGCGGCACUAGUGGUGCACACUCGGGCACACGUUGCGAAAGCAGCAUAGGCGGUUCCGAAUACAGUUUCCCGCCCAGUUAUCGUUCACGCAACACAACACCUGGAACAAUUAGCAGUGAACGUAGCAUUGAAACCGAACCCUCAGGACGUCUUUUAGCCAACGAAGACAUACCCGAACCCUUGAGUGUUGAACAAUUAUCCGAAUAUAAUUCGCUACAACAACGCUGCAAUAACAAUAACGGUGGUAAUGCCCAAAAAACGGAACAGAAAAGAAAUUCUGUACAAAUGGAUACAAAUAUUUUAAUAUCGAAAACCGAUACUAAUCUCAAUAAUUUGAAUAGUGAUAAAAAAGAUGAUUUAGUGACUAUUGUCACUAUAACACCACAGAACAAUGAGAAUUUAGAGGCGAACGAAAAUCGCAAUAAUAAUGAAAAUAACGUCAUAGUAGGCACCGAGUCAAGAGAACAAAUUGAAAUAUUGGCUCAUUUGUAAAUAGAAAAAGAAAAUUGUUUGUUAAAGAAAAAAUAAUAUUUAUUAUAAAUAAAAUUAUAAGAAAAUUGUUUUGAAAUAUAAGCCAUUAGCUUAGAUGUGGUUAUUUGUAUUAUUUUAUAUAUCGGUUUUAUAUAAAAUUCAAUUUUGAUGAAAAUAUUUCAGUUUUGGUAGAUACGGAAGUUGGGGGGUAUGAUUUAUUUAUUGUUUAUAUCGGGUCGUUACCAAACUUGUAGACUUUAAAGGCUCUACUGGAUCCUCCUAUUAUGAAAGGAAUUCUUCCUCUCCUAAAUUUCUACUUACAUAUAUCCGUAGAUCAGUUCCCUACUUUAUAAACCCUAAAACUUUUAAAAAGUCAUACCUCUUCAUAUUUUGUAUGAUGAAAAAUUUGCCUCAAAUUUUGUGAAACUUUUUACUAAUUUAAUUUGUUUCUAUAUUCUUAAAAUAAUCUUAAUUUAAAAGAUUAAAAUAAAAUAAACACUUACAAUUAAAUAUUUUUCCUUCUCAUUAUUAAU